AAUUUUCUUCUGCCUUUCGGUCCAGGAGAACGAGUUGGCUCUGCCUCUCAGUUGUCGAAGGAGGGGACAUUCUGCCCAAGAUGGCAACCAGGCUGCUUCGUUCCGGAGACUUGGCCCGCUUUUGCCAAAAGCUCAACCGAGUGAAGACCCUGGAAGAUGACCUAAUGGAGACUUCCCUCAACCGAUGCCUGACCACAGUUGAUCUGGCGCUGCUGGGCAUUGGUGGGAUGGUGGGCUCUGGCCUCUACGUGCUCACCGGCACUGUUGCUAAGGAGACAGCCGGACCGGCCAUCGUGGUGUCCUUCAUCAUUGCCGGCAUCGCCUCUCUGCUGGCUGCCCUCUGCUAUGCUGAGUUUGGUGCCCAGGUGCCCAAGACAGGCUCUGCGUACAUGUUCACUUAUGUCUCAGUGGGUGAGAUCUGGGCCUUCCUCAUAGGAUGGAACAUCAUUCUGGAAUACAUGAUCGGUGGGGCAGCUGUUGCCAGAGCCUGGAGCGGCUACCUGGAUUCCAUUUUUGACCAUAGGAUCAAGAACUUCACUGAGGCCCAUAUUGGCACCUGGCAGGUACCCUUCCUGGCCCAUUAUCCAGACUUCUUGGCAUCUGGUAUUGUACUCAUAGCAACGGCCUUCAUUUCCUUCGGUGCCCGAUUCUCCUCCUGGCUCAACCAUGUCUUCUCAGCCAUCAGCAUGGGAGUCAUUCUCUUCAUCCUGGUGAUGGGAUUCAUCCUGGCCAGGCCCCAGAACUGGAGUGCCAGUGAAGGAGGAUUUGCCCCUUAUGGCAUCUCGGGGAUCAUGGCUGGGUCAGCCACAUGCUUCUAUGCCUUUGUGGGCUUUGAUGUUAUUGCCACAUCCAGCGAGGAGGCUCGGAACCCCGAAAAGGCCAUUCCAAGAGCCAUCGCCAUCUCGCUGAGCCUUGCCACCGGGGCAUAUAUCCUUGUGUCAGUGGUGCUGACACUGAUGGUGCCCUGGCAUUCACUGGACCCUGAUUCAGCCUUGGCCGAUGCCUUCUACCAGAGGGGUUAUUCCUGGGCUGGUUUCAUUGUGGCUGCCGGUUCCAUUUGCGCCAUGAACACCGUUCUCCUCAGCAACCUGUUCUCUCUGCCCCGGAUUGUCUACGCCAUGGCAGAGGACGGGCUCUUUUUCCAGGUGUUUGCCCACAUUCACCCCCGCACACAGGUUCCCCUGGUGGCCAUUGUGGUGUUUGGCUUCCUCAUGUCUGUCCUCUCCCUCAUCUUCGACCUGGAAGCCCUCGUCCAGUUUCUGUCCAUCGGCACCCUCCUGGCUUACACCUUUGUCGCAGCCAGCGUGAUCAUCCUGCGCUUUCAGCAAGGCAAGACUGAGCCUCCAGGCACAGCUGGAAGGGGUGAGGCCAUCCCAGCACCUGCUGAGCCCGUGGGCACUGCUGAACCAAAGGAAUACGAGUCUUUCUCUGAUAAACUGCAGCUGGUGGGCAAAGAUAAAGCAGGGAGCGUGCGCGAACCAGGGCAGCUGAAGGCAGCCUUUGAGCCCUACCUGGACUUCCUCAGUGAUUUCUACCCUGGCGAGGUGGUCACCGUGGCAGUGGUUGUCCUCAUGGUCUCAGCCCUCUGCUUGUCAUCCAUCCUGGUGUUUGGGAAGAACCAGCUCCACUUGCCCACCUGGAGUUACACCUUGCUAAUCCUGCUCUCUGGCCUGGCGUUCACCUGCAGCCUUCUCCUCCUCAGCGUUCAUGAGCAAAAACAAGCCACCAAGACGUUCCAGCUUCCCCUGGUGCCUCUGACUCCUGCCCUGAGUAUUUUCAUCAACCUCUUUCUCAUGCUGAAGCUCAGCUACAUGACCUGGCUGCGUUUCUCCAUCUGGCUGGUAGCAGGCCUGCUGGUCUACUUCAGCUACGGCAUCUGGCACAGCAAAGAGAACCUGCGGGACUCCCCGGCCCAGGACAUCCGGGCCCGCUACGUGGUCUUCCCAAGCAGCAGCCUGGAGGAGACGGUGCAGCCGGUGCAGCCCAGGACGCAGCCGGCACAGGGCUUGACAGAAGCAGAGGAAGGUGGCGAAGGAGCCCAGAGGUGACGCGGGAAGGUCCAGCAGAGACCACGCAUCCCCCAUCCAGCCUGUUGCUCUCCAGUCUGGGCAGAGAAGAGCGCAGUCAGGGACGUCUGGGGAGAAACAGACCUUUUACUGCCCAGGGGGAAGCCCCCUGCUGCUCCUCUCUUACCCGGCUCCACUCCUCUGGCUGGAAGCCUGAAGCCGUCUUGUUGCCGGAUG